AUGUCGAACUUCGGGCCACCGCCAACGCAGCCGGACUGGCGAGAACAGUAUUCUUCGUUUCCUCUUCCUGGGGAGACUGGUUUAGUCCAGCCUCCAUUUGAGCAACCAACAAGCUUGAAUGUAUUUGAUGGCAACCAGAGCCAGCAACAAGUCAAUGGAGCGCCCCAAUUAGAACAACGGCAUAGUCUCGGUCCUAUACGAAAAGAUCCACAACCCCCGGCUAUCAUUGAACAGCCAGAUUCUGUACCAAUUGACGGUGGUAACCAGUUAAACAAUUCAAUACGCAAUGCAUCCUUGGCCUCCAUAGAGUCAACAGCACUUUCUCUGGAUUCUCUCGGAUCGAGUCCACUCAGUUCUACAUCUGCUGCACCCCCUCAACAAGGAACAAUAGCGAACAACAAAGGAAUAGAAAGCAAUGUCGAGCCUAAAGACGAGGAGGAUGAUGAGGAGGGUGAUGAUGAAAUGGUCGAUUCAGGAGAAGGGGGUACCGCGCCGCAGACUGCGGCAGAACGUCAAGCAGAACGCAGGAAGAUGAAGCGUUUCCGCCUCACACACCAACAAACUCGAUUUUUAAUGAGCGAAUUCGCAAAACAGGCGCAUCCUGAUGCCGCACACAGAGAACGACUCUCUCGGGAAAUCCCAGGCCUAAGCCCUAGGCAAGUCCAGGUUUGGUUUCAAAACCGGCGUGCAAAAACAAAGCGUCUUACAGCGGAUGACCGGGAACGUAUAAUCAAAAUGAGGGCUGUACCAGAUGGUUUCGACAAUGUUCAGGCUUUACACUCACCUUACGGAGCCGUUCACGGCAUUGGCGCUACUAUGCAGUCGCCGGUUGAUUUUGUUCCCCAAUACACGGACCAUAUGAUGCGCCCUUUGAUAGUUGACACCAUGCGAAGGAACGAACAGGAGGAGCACAUUUCACCAACUGGUCUCAGCCCGGCAUUUGGACACGUUGGGUUCUCUCCAGGGGGACCAAUGGGCUCUUCUGACGUACAUUCUUCACCUUUGGCAUUGAAUUCAACAGAUCGCUACUACCCAAGUCACCUCUCCAACCCAAGGAGUGCUGGACCCCGGAGCUCAAACCCAUUUGAUCGACAAAAUAGCUAUCAGACUCUUUCUCAUUCUCGGCAGCAUGCUCGGCCGUUACAACCCUUACAAAUCCGAGAUACUAUGCAGAGGUCGCGAUCUGAAUCAAUCCAGUCUCCUUUAAGGUCAAGUAUGUCUUGGAAAGGAGAAACCCUAGGCUACGCUCAUUACCAAACGGGACAGCCUAGUCCGCAAUUGAGUAAACAACCACAGUCUGCCUAUCAGCCUGACCAAAGUGGUACCACUACUGUCAUUGUAAACCAGAACGACGGCAACACGUACUCAAAUGCGAAUGUUCAGGGCUCACCCACACACAUGACAUAUUCUCCAGCACAAGGUCCCUCUGCCUUGCAGCAAUCCUCACCAUCUGCAAUGUCUAGGCUCAGAAACUCCUCAUCAGAAUUCCCUUCAGGUCUUGAUCUCAGGAACCAGUAUCGAAUAUUUCCGCCUCAACAUAAUUCAUCACAUGGUGUACCGCCAACACCAAGAAGUGGGUCAUUUUCUAGCACUUUUGCUGAUGGCUAUGCCUGUACGCCAUUAACGGUGCCUGUUGGCUACUCACUACCACGAACUCCAGUCGAUGGCGGGCAAGAGUCUAGAGACGUCAACAUUCCACAGUUGGGGGCACCGAUGGCGCCACCGCAAGAUUUUCAAAAUAUUUAUACUUCGACUCUCAGUCCUGCGAGGGUACAACAAGGAGAUAGAGAUUUCGGUAAUCGAGGGCAGAAUAUCCAGGAUCCCGCAAGCCAAGGACGAGUUCAUCCAGGAGAUCAGCAACAGCAGCAAGCGCGGAAUAAUGAGGACGUAUCCUACCUACGGCCGAUUGAGUACGAGUCAGGACAAGAACGAAGAAGGAGUUUUGCAAUGCCGGGGACCUUUGAACAUCCUUAG